AUGUGGUCGUCAUCCAUCGUUCGCCGUGUCGUGCUCACCUUGGCCCUUUACACCCUUCUCCCUUGCUGGCGGGCUUACCCGGAUGUCGCUGCUCAAGCCAGUGGUAAAGCGAUGCUCGUCGAUGGAACAUCAGCUUCAUCCAGCUGUGUUGGAUCCUUGAACAUCUUCUCGCUGUAUAGGACGUUUGUAGUGUUUUUUUUUAAAAAGUCAAUAAGCUUGAAUUUAGAACAUGACUAUCCACAAGCCUCAAAAGGAAACUACCAUGUUCGCGAGCUCCCGGCAGUUGCCGGUAUCGUAGCUUUGUUAAACGAUGCUAGGUUGAAGAACAGCCAGCCUCCUCUCGGUUUCGUGAAUCCGUUACUCUAUAGCAAAGGUGGUGUUGGCUUCAACGGUAUUAUAACAGGAAACAACCCCGGUUGUGGAACUCCAGGUUUCAAUAUGAGUGCCGAUACACGAAUGGAUAAUGACCGAUACUAA